UUUGUCAUUUUCCUUUUCGAUUGAGUUCGGUUCGGUUUUGUUUUGCUCCGCUUUCCGAGAGUGCUUGCAUGAAUAAAUAAAAGCUAGCGGCGCAGCUGCGGAGCGCUUAGAAAGGAAGAUGCGGUUCAGCGGCUACAACCGUUAUCAUUGCUCCACCUUCGCCUCCCUCUGUCUCUGCCUCGCAGUUGGGGCUGCGCUGACGCAGGCGGACGAAGCCGACGUCGACACCGCCAGCAGGAAGUGGCUAUGCAGCCAGACGGAGUUCUGUACACCGGAGGCGGAACGGGUGCAGGGCGUGCACUAUGGUUCCGAACGUUUUGAGAGCCAGCGGGAUUGUCGAUUGUCCUGCGGAAAGUAUGGAGCUAUCUGGCCCAUGCCCACGGGUAAGGAGUGCACCAUAUCGAACGAUCGAGUUCGCUUUGAUCCCUGGAAGGUGCGAUUCCAUGUGGUGGCACCCGGCGAGGCGGCUACGCAAUUUUUAAGGGAAACCAAUCGUCUGUUUGUCUCCAACCUGCUGAAGGAAUGCACUCGAAACUGUACGCUGGAGAGCAGUAAGCAGAUCCUGGUGAGGGCCACGGUGGCUAAUGAAACCCUGAUCCUGGACUGGGCCACCGAUGAGAGUUAUGCGCUGGUGGUGCGCACCACAGACACGGCCACAUUUGUGGAUAUCCAGGCGGGAACGGUGUACGGAGCACGUCAUGCCUUCGAAACGUUGACAAACUUGGUCGCUGGUAGUGUGUCCAAUGGUCUGCUGAUGGUAUCAGCGGCCAAUAUCACCGAUCGUCCAGUCUAUCCACAUCGCGGUGUUCUCCUGGACUCAGCCCGGAACUUUGUGCCUCUGAAAUUCCUGAGGAGUACACUGGAUGCGAUGGCGGCCAGUAAGAUGAAUGUGCUCCACUGGCAUGUCGUGGACACGCAUAGUUUCCCGCUGGAAAUCACCAGAGUGCCCGAAAUGCAGCGCUAUGGAGCAUAUUCCACGUCGCAAUCAUACUCCCGUCAGGAUGCUCUCAAUCUGGUGAAGUAUGCCCGCCUUCGUGGUAUUCGCAUUUUGAUCGAGAUCGAUGGUCCUUCGCAUGCCGGCAAUGGAUGGCAAUGGGGUCCAGCUGCCGGUCUGGGCAAUAUGUCUGUGUGCCUGAAUGAGUCGCCUUGGCGGCAAUUCUGUGUCCAACCGCCAUGCGGACAACUGAAUCCCCUCAAUGAUCACAUGUACGCCGUAAUGAAGGAGAUUUUCGAAGAUGUUGCUGAACUGGGAGCACCGGAGGAAACCCUGCACAUGGGCGGCGAUGAGGUGUUCCUGCCGUGCUGGAAUAAUACCGCUGAGAUUCGGAACGGUAUGCGGGAACGGGGCUAUGAUCUCAGUGAACAGAGCUUCCUGCGCCUGUGGUCACAAUUCCAUCAGAAGAAUCUCAAUUCCUGGGACGAGAUCAAUGAGCGUAUGUUCCCGGACAUUAAGGAGCCCAAGCCGGUGAUCAUUUGGUCCAGCCACCUCACCAAUCCCAAGUACAUCGAAGCCUAUUUGCCCAAGGAGCGGUUCAUAAUUCAAACCUGGGUCGAUUCAUCGGAUCCUCUCAACCGGGAGCUGUUGCAGCGUGGAUAUCGCCUGAUUGUGUCCACCAAGAAUGCCUGGUAUCUGGAUCACGGAUUCUGGGGCAGCACUUCCUAUUACAACUGGCGCACUGUGUACUCCAGUGGUAUGCCCGUUGCCCGGAAUAAGGAUCAGGUUCUUGGUGGCGAGGUGUGCAUGUGGAGCGAGUACGUGGACCAAAACUCAUUGGAAUCUCGCAUUUGGCCAAGGGCCGGAGCAGCCGCUGAACGUUUGUGGUCUGAUCCAAAAUCAUCGGUAUUAUUGGCCCAAAGGAGAUUCUAUCGGUAUCGCGAGCGACUUUUGGCCCGUGGCAUUCAUGCGGAUGCAGUGACGCCGCACUGGUGUGUCCUCCAUGAAGGCAUGUGCCUUUAAAUGGUCAUUCCACUGCCUUCCCUCAACAGGCAACAGGCUGCCGAGUUCCGAGUCCUGCUGCAGAUCAAGCUUUAGCUCCAGCAACCAGCACUGUGUACAUAUAUGCCCUUUUCAGCCUAGAUGUUAUAUAUACACUUAUUCAUCAGUUAUAUCUUAUAUCUUAUAAAGAUUGUGUUCUCUCAUUUAAAAUCAGUAAAAGUUAUGUUAACAAUGUU